AAAAGUGUGUCCUCAAUCUUCUGAACAAGAUUGCAAGGGGCCAGUUGCGUGUUGAAUUUGAAGGCGAGUCCUGGGAUUUCGGGAGCAGGUAUACACUUCACCGCGUCGAUGGACCUCCCCGCCAGCUGUCUGCAACAAUUAAGUUGCUCAAGAGUGGCGUCUGGACUCGGCUUUUCCUACAUGCCGACUUCGGAUUCGCUGAUGCGUUCCUUUUGGAUGAAGUUGAGGUAGACAGCUUAAACGAUCUCUUUAGGAUUUUUAUUUUGAAUCGGAAAAUACUAAAUGAAAUGGCAACAUCUGUCUCGCCCUUCAUUCGAGCACUCAGCUAUGUUGCUAAUUCAAGACUUGCAAAUAAAAUCACUGGCAGUCGUAGCAACAUCUCUGCGCAUUAUGAUCUUCCUACGGAAGUAUUCAAUGCGUUUCUCUCGCGUGACCUCACCUACAGCUGUGCAAUAUUCGACGAAGAGGCUAAGGGCGAGGUUGGAGAUCUUGUGGAGGAUCGGCCCAUUGCACCUCCCCAAGGUUCUCUUGAUGAGCCGAGAGUCAUAUCCGCCGACGACCUGGAACGAGGACAGUUGGCGAAGCUCCGGCUGAUUGCUGAUCGCGCCCGAAUAAAACCUGGUUCACGUGUCCUGGAGAUCGGGUGCGGAUGGGGCAGCUUUGCUAUGCUUGCCGCACGCGAGUACGGUGCACAAGUAGACACUAUUACAAUCUCACAAGAACAGUUACAUGAUGUGAAACGUCGAAUUGAAGCUGCGGGUCUUACUCAUGCUAUCAAUGUGCAUUAUUUGGACUAUCGAAACAUGCCUCCUGCGUUUCACCAUGCUUUUGACGCCGUUGUAUCAAUCGGUGUCAUGGAACAUGUUGGCAUCGAGUUCAUGACGGGAUGGUUCAAGUCGAUGAGCUGGGCGAUGAAAGAAGAAGGAUCGUUUAAAGUUUUCACGAUGAGCACAGUUCCGGAUACUAGAUGGAAUCUUUACGCAACAGAGGUUGACUUCGUCCGCAAAUAUAUCUAUCCCGGCGGACAAUUAUCGUCCGUACACACACUCGUUACCAGCAUUCGUGACGCCGGUUUAAAUGUAAAUAGUAUCGAGGAUAUUGGCCCUCAUUACGCUCGUACCCUACGUGAAUGGAGUUACCGUUUCCAACGGAACUUCGACAGUCACAUAGGACCGGCCAUGAUGAACCACUUCCCAACUCUGACUAUGGCUGAACUGGAGAUUUUUAGACGCAAGUUUAUUUAUUAUUUUGCAUACAGUGAGGCGGGGUUUGCAAUGCGGAGCAUCAGCGAUCAAGUAUUCGUGGUGACUAGAGAGGCAAGUACCAAAUUGAAUCUGGCCCACUGCCACCCUAAGGCUGAUACCUAUCUCAAAGGCAAAUUUGAAUCUUUGAUCAUUCAAGUCGACCCUAUUUGGAUGGAUGGCCGGAAAGAAGAGGUCUCCUUAAGCCAGAAGAAUCUCAACGGCCAGUGGUAUGGAAGCUCACGGACUUCGCGGAAGGAUGAUAUGCGUGGAUAUGAUCACAUUCUUGCUUCUCGUCCUUGA